AUGUACAAUCUCACCUGUGUCGACGGCCACCACUUCGGUGGUGAAGGGGAUGUAUACGUCCUUGACCUCCAUCGCCUUAACACUGGAUUAGCUGCCAUCUCUUCCGACCAAAAACUUACCCUUUUCAACCCUGCCCGCAUAGGCCAGGGGCCCAUCACGUCGUUGGCCACCAGCCACGGCAACCUUACGUGCCUAAAGACAUACGAUGCCCUGGAAUCUAUCGUCUGCACGGCAGGAGAGAAUGGGGAGGUUUCAAUCUGGGACCUGAGGCAGAGCUCAAAACCGCAAGUAGCCCACUUUGCAGCAACUCAGUCACCCAUCACCUCCCUCGCCUGCGACUCAAGAAGCAGCACGAUAGCAAUCGGAACAGAACUUCAGAACCACACUGCCUCCGUUAUGCUCUGGGAUAUCAGAGCUGGUCCAACCCGAAGGCUACAAUACGAUGAAGUCCACAGCGAUGACGUGACUGAGCUUCGCUUCCACCCUUCGCAGCCUCACGUCCUCCUGUCUGGUUCGACCGACGGCCUCGUCAACGUCUAUGACACGCGCAUCUCUGACGAGGACGACGUUGUCAUCCAGGCGCUCAACCAAGGCUCCGUUCAUCACGCCUCAUUCAUCAGCGAUACAGAGAUCUACGUCUUGACGCAUGACGAGAAGUUUGCCGUCUACAGCGUCGCUGACGAGUGCCAGACCGGUGCCGCCGUCGCCGAUUUCGGCGAUGCCAGAGAAACUUUGGGAUGCCAGUACAUCGCCAACGUCACUACCAAGGUUGAUGGAAGCGGUGCUAUCGUCGGAGUUGGCGCCUUGGAGCGUCAGGUUUUCGAGCUGGUUCACCUUUCACGGACGAACGAGGGAAGCUGGGGUUUCGACAAGGCAAACAGUGUCGGUUUGCCUGGUGGUCAUGGCGAAGAGAUCGUUCGGUCCUUCUGCUUCUACGACGACGAGCAGGUCGUCUUCACUGCCGGGGAGGACGGCAACAUCAAGGCCUGGAGACCCAGCUAG